UAACACGAGAGUGUGUGAUUGCAAUGAAUGAAGAAACCGCCGUUGACAAAUUUCUUUCAAACGAAAAUGAAAACAAAGAAGAAAAACUGUCCAAGAAACGCUGGAUAAUCCUCACUUUAUACAUCCUAUAUGCCGCUAUAAAUGCCUUUCAGUGGUUCGAAUACUCGAUAAUUGCCAAUGUUGUAAUGAAAUUUUACAACAUUAGUGCUGUUUCCGUUGACUGGACUUCAAUAAUUUACAUGGCACUUUACAUGCCAAUGGUCAUCCCAGCCUCCUAUCUGAUGGAGAAAUUGGAUUUACGCCAAAUAGCAGUUAUUGGAGUUUUGGGAACCGCCUUGGGCACAAUUGUGAAAAUUUACUCUCUUUCCCCCAAUCAAAUAUGGGUGGUUUAUCUGGGACAAACAAUUCUUUCUUCCAUGCAAGUGUUUAUUUUACCAUUGCCGCCUCGAAUAGCUUCGGUUUGGUUUGGCCCUAAAGAAGUGUCUUUGGCAUGUGCAUUGGGGGUUUUUGGAACACAGUUAGGUCAAGCCGUUGGGUUUGUUGUCCCCCCAAUUGUGGUGAAAUAUGGCGAGGAUGUGGACAGGAUUGGACGGGAUUUGGGGAGCUUGGUUAAAGGCUUAGCCUGGUUUACGUUGGGAUUUGUCAUCCUUUUUGUAGAUUUUCCAGCUCGACCUGCAACACCACCAAAUAUUAUGAAAAGUGAAAAAAUCGACUUUCUAAAAUCCUUGAAAAAUUUAUUUUCAAAUAGGAGUUUCGACUUUCAUGUUGUUGCAUUCGGGAUUAAUGUUGCUGUGUUCACCUCAGUUUCCACACUCCUGAAUCAGUUUUUUUUGUUUCACUUUCCAAAUUCGGAGGAGGAUGCUGGAAGAGUGGGUUUAAUAAUGGUGACUUUGGGCAUGGUGGGGGCUAUAAUUUUUGGUUAUGUUUUAGACAAGACACACUGUUACAAGGAAACAGCACUAUGUUUGAACGUAGCAUCAUUUUUGUCGAUUAUUGCUUUCAUGUUUUCACUCAAAUCGGCUUCAAAAAUUUUGGUGUACAUUUCCGGGGGUUCACUAGGACUAUUCAUAAAUGCAUAUAUGCCAGUGGGACUGGAAUUAGCCAUAGAACUGACUUAUCCAGAGCCUGAAAGUACCACUUCUGGAAUUUUGAUCUCCAUGACUCAGACAUUGGGUGUUCUAUUCACUUUAUUGUUGGGUUUUUUAUUUGCAAAAUUUGGCAGUUUUUGGGGUUUGGCCACUAUGGCCUUUAGUCUUUUUGUUGGAUCUGUACUCACUGCGUUUAUAACAAAUGUAAAAAAACGACAAAAUGCGUUAAAAUAAAAAAAGCUAUUUCACCUAGAGAAAGUUAUAGGAGUGGCUUGAUUGUGUGCACUAGAUGGCGCAGCUUGUGCUAUAAGUGUUUGAGUGC